GCAUUACCGGCAUUAGGUACGGUGUUGUUUCUGAAAAUGCCAUCGUACAUCGAUACAGUGUCUAGAAAACUGUCGGCGAAUUUCGGAAAUGUUCUAAAUAUCGGUGUUAUAAUUCUUACGUACUUCGAAUCGUAUUUGUUUCCCUUGGCCAUUUUUAAAUUAUUGAUAGUGGUGACAAAGUAUGGUGGCGUAAUAUCUCGGUUAAGAAAAGAGGAAGAUUUGAAGAAAGCGGUGAAAACACGUUACAAGUAUAAGUUACAGCUUCUGACAAUAGAAAAUUAUGUGUUGCCGGAUAAUAGAACAGUCGAACGCAUUUCUAAUGUUAGUAUGAUUAUUGAAGAAGAAGAAAUCCAGUUGAGUUACUGCGGACAGGAUUGCAGAAGAAUACCUCCAGCGCUGCAAAAAAUGUAUGGCGGCAAAGUGAGGUGUUUAGACCUAAGCUAUAACAGUAUCGAGACGCUCAAAGGAUUGGAACAGUUCGGUCGACUAGAGGAACUUAUAUUAGACAACAAUAAGCUGGGUGACGCUAUAACGUUCCCAUACUUAUCCAAUUUGAGAACACUUUCGCUCAAUAACAAUGAAAUAAUAGACUUGGAAGAACUGGUUAAUAAAAUAUGCAAGCAUUUCCCUUCACUGACGUACUUGAGUCUACUGAGCAACAAAGCAUGUCCCAACCAACUGUCAGAUAGCGACAAAGAUGAUUCGGAUUACCAAAGAUACAGAUACUUCGUGAUACACAUGAUACCGAACUUACGAUUCCUGGAUUCCCGGCGCGUCUCGUCAGCUGAGCGCAAGGAGGCGGCCAUACGAGGCGAGUUCAUGCGAGUGCGCAGGCCUCCCUCCGAUGUGUUCGAUGCGCCGGUCGUGCCGGCCCCACAGACAAGGCUGCGCCCAUUGCCCGUGGAUUUAGGAGCGUUGGGCAAACAUAAAGGUGCCUACGGUAAAUGCAAUUACAAAUACACAGGCAAGCAUUCGGAGGGUAAUCGAUUCAUUUUAAAUAGUGACUUAUGACCGUAUUUACCAACAGUCUACAUACUCGUUACUAUUUAACCAAAAGUGCUAAUAGAUUAUAACUUUACGAAAAACCUUCUCCAAUUAAAAUCAAUUUUGAUUUGACUCCACAAUUAUUGUGCAGCUUACUUUCAGAUAAAGCUACAUGAUAAAUAUCUCAGUUAAAAAAAUCAUUCGAAUAUUUCUAAUGUUAC